UGGUUGUGUGUCAAAACAUAUGAUGAGGAUUUAGGUGAUACGAGAGUUUUUGUGGAAACCUGUAAAGUUAGUUUCUCCAAGAUUGAUGAAGAGUAGUUAAUGUGAUAUCCGUGCUAAAAUUUGUGGAAUUUAAGGAACCUUGCCCCAUCGAAAAUCAUCGAUGGUCUGACCUGGAUCGAACGGAGAUAAUCACUCGCUGGCUGGCUGGUCUGGCAGGUACAAUCGCGGAGCCCGGCGUGGCGCCAGCUCGCCGAAAUUGGAAAUGCUUGUACCGGGCGAAGAACGAGUUCUGGAAAAAAGAACAAACUCGUGUUUCAUUCCGAACAACCGUUGAUAAAUCUUAAAAUUCACGACCUAUAUGUAUCAUCCAUACACACAAACGAAUCCAGAUAAUCGAGCAUUAGAAAAAAAAUUUCACGCGGUUAACGAAUAACAAUUUCUGAAAUCGUAAUUCUAUAUUAAAAAAUGUCAGAGAUCCACGCACCGCCACCUCCCGCGCCACCCCCGCCAACGGAAGCUGCAAAUAAUCCGGAAACAGCUCCUUCGUCUUCGUCUUCACCUCCCUCGCAACCAAAUCUACCGCAGGGGCCACCUAUUCAGCCGAAUAAUAAUUUUAACGGUAUCGCCGCCGUGGGGGCGGAUAAUAAUCACGGAAUAGCGGGCGCAAUCGGACCACUAAAUAACAACAACAUGAAUAGAACGAGGAAUAACAAUAAUCAGAACCCGAUUUUCAAUGUACGGGACAGACUUUUUCACGCGUUAUUCAUUAAGGCCGCACUGGCUUACGCGAGGGCAUUUCCGAGACCUAUAAGGAGGUUCAUUGAAUUCAUUGUACUGCUGAAGGCGAUCAUGUCCUUCUUCGUGCUCGCUUACAUCCACAUAGUUUUUUCGCGGGCGCCAACAAACUGCUUGGGACACAUAAGAGACGAUUGGCCGCGGGACGGUAUUUUGAGGGUGGAGAUCCUCAGGAGCGGUGCCGAGGAUUACAGCAUAGAAAAGAGCUAUGCGAAGGAGGAAAAAUUGAGGCAGGAGAAUGUCGAUGACCUCGCAAGCGUUCUGGGGAUAUUGGCCAGGGACGGAUUUUUAAACAUCGAGCCGUCCGCUGUCGACGAGGGCGAAAGCCCCGCAGAAACUGAGAACGACGGUGGAAACGAAGCGCAGAAUUUCACGCGUACCGAAGAGAACCUCGAUAUCGCCAGUUCCGCAGUUUCCGAGGAACUUCACUGGCCAAAUCUUAGCACAACGAACGCGACGAUGAGUCCGUCACUUUCUACGAAACUUUGGGAAGGGCCGACCACCGAUAUGCUGGAGCAGCACACCGAAACGGUCGAAGAAUCUACGAUAUCACCGACGCACUCCUACGAAAAUUCUACCGAUCACGAACAAUCGGAGCAGGGGGCUAACGGUGGCGACCGCAUUAUCCAACCAUUGAAGGGACAAGUUUCCGAGGUGGAGAAGAUCGUCAGAGCAGUAUUUCCAGAGGACGAAUACAUCGUGGAAUACUCGUUGGAAUACGGAUUCCUGAGAUUAUCGCCAGCGGCACGACAGCGGCUCAACAUACCUGUGAAAAUCGUCACCCUGGAUCCGGCGAACGAAAAAUGUUUCGGUGACACUUUCUCGCGACUCAUUCUCGACGAGUUCUUGGGGUACGACGAUCUGCUGAUGACCAGCAUCAAGACCCUCGCCGAACACGAGGACAACAAAGGUUACUUGAGAAACGUGGUUACCGGUGAACAUUACCGUUUCGUGAGCAUGUGGAUGACCCGAACUUCAUACCUUGCGGCAUUCUUCAUCAUGUGGGUCUUCACCAUCUCGAUAUCCAUGUUGCUGCGAUACUCUCAUCACCAGAUCUUCGUCUUCAUAGUCGAUCUUCUGCAGAUGCUCGAAUUCAACGUGGCGGUAUCCUUUCCCGCCGCUCCGCUGUUCACGGUCAUUCUGGCACUUGUCGGUAUGGAAGCUAUAAUGUCGGAGUUCUUCAACGACACCACGACCGCCUUCUACAUAAUACUGAUCGUAUGGAUAGCCGACCAGUACGACGCGAUCUGCUGUCACACGACGGUCACUAAACGGCAUUGGCUCAGGUUUUUCUACCUCUACCAUUUCUCAUUUUACGCUUAUCACUAUCGAUUCAACGGGCAAUACAGUAGCCUGGCUCUGAUAACGUCGUGGCUUUUCAUUCAGCAUUCUAUGAUGUACUUUUUCCACCACUACGAGCUACCCGUGAUUCUUCAGCAGGCUCAACUGCAACAGUUGCUUCUUAGGAAUCACGGGCAGCCCGCGGCGCAACCCCCGACUCCCAGUACGGCGCCCACGACACCCGGUCCUUCGCCGACGUCGAGUCCUUCGCCCAGCCCUACCCCUGGAGGUACGACGGGUACGGGUACGACGGGCGCAACGAGCACCUCGGCAGAGGCGGAUCACCGGCAAACGCAGAGCAACUACGUCUCGGAGUUGUCGCAGCUGGACUCGAGACCUCCCACAGGAGCCGAUCAAGAAACACCUCCCAGACAGAGAGCUACGCCGGAGGAAGCGGCAACGAUCGAUGACAUCUCAUCGAAUCGCGGUGCAGAUGCGUCGGUAGUUGCAACGUCGUUAGAAAACGAUGGAAGUGGCGAACCCGCAAUUUCGAAGUCUCGUACUUCCGCAAGUGCGUCGGUUGUCGCUUCGAACGGAAUAUCUUCGGGUGCAUCCGGUGACGCCUCGACGUCCGAAGAAUUUGAGGUAAUCGAGGCGUCGUCAUCCUGCCCAUCAUCGGAGUCGAUUCAAAAGUCCGACGACGGUUCAGCCAACGUGUCGGGUGCGAACGAAGAAAGAAAAGCCGAAUCGGACGACUCCGGAACGUUAGAAGAAAAAGACUCAUCUCCACAUCAGGUCUGAGUUAUCGAUAAACCGUGAGUUCCUCUACUCCAUUUAUGACCACAUCUCCCCUCACCCCUGCCCUUGUAGCACGCGACUUUUUUUUUUUUUUUUUUUUUGUUUUUCGUCAAUUCUUGAGACUAAAAUCCAAAUUAUUUCUCUACACAGUUUUCAAGUCAUUCGGGAUUAAUUUAUUAAAUAAAUCCGAUCGAUUACUCUCUCUGCACCAGCUAAUACGUACCUAUAUAACACACCUACGGAUAUAUCACAUACCCACAAAGAAUGCAUAGGUGAUACCAUGUGAAACCAAUUACAAUUGCAUAAAACUCCUGCAGUUUAAAUACCGCAAGCGAACAAAAAAAAUAAAUAAAUAAUCAAACGGAAAAUAAACUCACUCAAUCAACCGAUAACAAUAAUUGAAAAAUAAUGUAUACUUAUAAUAAUAAUAAUGAUAGCAACAAUAAUAAUAUUAAUAAUGAUAGGUUAUUAAAUUAAUAAUGAUAAUGAUAAUGAUAACAAUGAAGAUAUGAUGAUAAUAAUAAUGGCUAAUGUCAAUAUUGAUGUAAAGUUUGAAAUAUCGAUGAUGAUUAAUGCAACAGAAUCAAUAAUAAUAAUAAUAAUAAUAAUAACGAUAAUCAAUAUUAAUGCAUAAUGAUGAUAGUAAUAACGAUAAUAGAUAGAUACCUGUACACAUCGACGGUCGAAUAUUAUACCGAUAACUGUUUGUAUAUAAUAAAUAAGUUACGUUGUUAAGCUUGAUUUCGAAUAUUAAUAUCGAUGAAGAUGUGUAUAUAAAUAUAUUUAUAUUGCAUACGUAUUAUUGUGAAAUGUAAUGACGGUAAUGGACGACGAUAUAAGAGUUACGUAAUUUCAAACGCGCUAGAUAAAAACUAAUUAUACGAAUGCGCAGACAAAUGGAACGGACUAACGUAAGCAAGCUAUAUCUUAUUUACGCGCUAUAUAUAUAUAAUAUAUAAUGUAUAAAAUAUUCUGACCAUUAUAAUUAUCAUGAUACACAUUACAUACAAUUACAGCAAUAGAAAAAUAAUGAUGCAGAUCAAAGCAUGUUGUACGCGAUAUAUACGUUACAAUGUGUUACAUAGAUAAUAUUUGUGAUAUAUGUUCACCAUUUAGAUAACGCCGAGGGUAACGCAUGAUAAUGAGCAGCAAGUGGAAAUGAGAAAAAAGUUGAGUUUCGAAAAAAGAGUAAUAAAAAAAUGAAACGAGAAAAAGAAAAAAAAAUCAGAUUUACGGGGGAGGUAGCAGAUAUAUCAUACAUACAUUUGUUAGCAUAAAAUUGUAGGUGAAAUCUUUAGAUAUUUUUUUUUUCCUUCCUCUCCGGUGGGACAAUCUGUCGUGGUGUUCUUUACGUUUUAACUGUCUCACGACGUGAUUCAAUCGUUUCUAUAAGAGAAUCUUUGAAUACGCUGAUAUUACCUUUACUAUCGUGCACGUGCAAGGCAGCGAUUUGAUUAAAUAUAUGUGUACGUGUGUAUUUGUUUUCUGACGUACGUAUACCACGCGCACGUGUGUAAAAUUUCUUAGGUGUAAAUUCAUAGUCAGAAAUUUCGUCGAUUGUAGGUAUACUUAUUGUUAGUAGUACACUUUAUGUAUUAAUGAAUAUUGUAUAUUUAUUGCUUAUUGUUGCCUCGUAGACGAUGAUUCACGUCAUUGUCAAUGUUAUGUUAUUGUUAAUAUUACUUUUAUCGUCAUUAUUUUAUUAAUAUUAUUACAAUUUUUCUACAGCCAUCGAUAUCAUUGAAUUUUGUUAUUAUAAUUAUUAUUUUCAUCACUGCGACGAUGAUGAUUGUUGGUAUAAUUAUUGACAUUAUCCAUCAAUUAGUAUUCGAUGACUACGAUGGUACGAGUAUCACAGCAAACAUAUUAUCAAAGGUUCCAAAAAAAUAUCCGCAGCUUUCAAAUGGAUCAUUGUUGAAAGGAAUUUUUGCUUUGUGAAAACUAG